CUACUUUAUAGGCAUGGGUGUUGAUGACACAACAGAUAUCUUCAACUCCAAUCUGCAGAUUAUUCAAGUGCAGGACAAAGACGUUCACGAAGACUUUGAGGAUAUCUACGACCAUAACAUAGCAAUGCUGACGUUGGUCAGCGAUGUGACCCUCAGAGCCUCGGCCCAGGUCGUCAAGCUGGCAAAUCUCUUUGAGGGUGGUCCGGGUUCAACUUGUACUGUGACAGGCAAUGGAAUUGAUGAGGGAGGUUCAAAAACAACCAAGUUGCAAGUAGCGACGCUCUCCACCGUGGGCCUUCUCAGCUGUAUCAUUACCUGGUACAGGCGCUCCGAGGAAUUUAAAGUCAACAAAAGAGAAGUCUGCGCUGUUAGUGAGACCGCAACGCCUUGCACCGGAGACAACGGGGGUCCUUUGGUCUGCAAGAGACCCCUGGGGGCCUGA